AUGGCAGCUUCAGGGACCCCACGGCACUACUGUGUUCCCGAGGGGGUAGGGAGUCAGGGCUCAGCGGACGCCCCUCAGGAGCCGAAGCAGCUCCCGGAACUGAUCUGCCUGAAGCGAGAUGGAAAGCGCCUGAGCGAGGCGGACAUCAGGGACUUCGUGCGCGCAGUCGUGGACGGAAGCGCACAGGGCGUGCAGAUUGGGGCCAUGCUCAUGGCCAUGCGGCUGCGCGGCAUGGACCUGGAGGAGACCGUGGCGCUGACCCGGGCCCUGGCAGAGUCCGGGCAGCGGCUGGAGUGGCCUGAGGCCUGGAAGGGGCAGCUUGUGGACAAGCAUUCCACAGGGGGCGUGGGUGACAAAGUCAGCUUGGUCUUGGCACCUGCCCUGGCCGCCUGUGGCUGCAAGGUACCAAUGAUCAGUGGACGAGGGCUGGGGCACACAGGGGGCACCCUGGAUAAGCUGGAGUCCAUCCCUGGAUUCACUGUCAUCCAGACUCCAGAACAGAUGCAAGAGCUCCUGGACCAAGUUGGGUGCUGCAUCGUGGGCCAAAGUGAGAAGCUGGUUCCUGCAGAUGGAAUUCUGUACGCAGCCAGGGAUGUGACAGCCACUGUGGAUAGCCUGCCCCUUGUCACAGCCUCCAUUCUCAGUAAGAAGGCCGUGGAGGGACUAACAGCUCUAGUAGUGGAUGUCAAGUUCGGUGAGGCUGCCGUCUUCCCCACAGAGGUGCAGGCCCGGGAACUUGCUGGAGCACUGGUAGAAGUGGGGGCCAGCCUGGGGAUUCGGGUCGCUGCUGCCCUGACCUCCAUGGACAAUCCAUUGGGUCGCAAUAUUGGCCACUCACUGGAGGUAGAGGAGGCGCUGCUGUGCCUGGAUGGCACGGGGCCCCCAGACCUUCGGGACCUGGUCACCCAGCUCGGAGGUACCCUGCUGUGGCUCUGCGGACGCGCGGAGGCGCAGGCGGAGGGCGCUGCCCGGCUGGCCGCGGUACUGGACGACAACUCAGCCCGUAGCCGCUUCGAGGAGAUGCUCGCAGCACAGGGCGUGGACGCGAGUCUGGCUCGAGCCUUGUGCUCCGGGACCCCCGCGCAGCGCCGGCAGCUGCUUCCCCGUGCCCAACAGCAGGAAGAGUUGCACGCAGCUGCCGAUGGCACCGUGGAGCUCAUCCGGGCGUUGCCGCUGGCCCUCGUGCUGCGCGAGCUUGGGGCGGGACGCAGCCGCGCGGGGCAGUCUCUCCGGCUCGGCGUGGGCGCCGAGCUGCUGGUGGUCGUGGGUCAAAGGCUGCGCCGUGGGACACCGUGGCUCCGCGUGCACCGGGACGGACCCGCGCUCAGCCAGUCCCAGCGCCGCGUCCUACAGGGCGCGCUGGUGCUCUCGGACCGCGAACCUUUCGCCGCGCCCUCGCCGUUCGCCGAGCUCGUCCUGCCGCCGCCCGCGCGCCCGGAGGCGCAGCAAUAA